UGUGCCGGGCUUGAACGCAGCACGGGAAUUAAGCAAGGGAGUGUCAACAAGUCAACAACAAAUCUGACUUUGCGGCUAAACGUCACACACCGAGUGUGUUGUGCUUCACAACGCACCGCGCAACUCAAAGGUUCGAAACUCAGCGGCGAACAGAGGGAGAACCACAGUUUCACAUAGUUUUGCCUUUUUCGCUGCAAACUUGGAAAGUUGACUUCAACAUGUUGUCGUCCACGGAGCCGAGGGGCCGGAGCGUCCAGGGGCACCGCGCAGAGCAUCGGCCGCAGAGACGGAUCCGCGUUUGCGACUGUCGCCCCCAACGCUCCGCGGGCUCCUCCGUGCAGCAGCUGGAAACCUCCGGGACGAACUUCACUGGUUUUCUGCGACUCCUCCACAAAACAUUUUCACUCCUUUCAAAUGAGAUAUUUGUGGUGGCUACAACAGAUAGAACAGUCCUGGAUUCUGAAAGAUUUGAGGAGCUUCAGGAUGGCUGUACCCUCUACUUGCUGCAUCGGGUGGACCAAGAUCUCCCCGCGGCGAUGGAGGAGCACAUCACGUUUACGCCACAUUAUGACACGUUGAUCCAGAGUGGCCUUCAUGAGUACUACGACAGUGAGGGCCAGACAUCCUUAGCCUUCACACUUGCUGAGCUGAUCGACAACUCUCUGUGGGCCACAUCUGAAAACAUAGGAAUGAGGACAAUAGAGAUACGAAUGCUAUUUGAUGAAAGUCUGGGGCAACCCGCCAUCAUUGCCUUAGAUAACGGAUGUGGGAUGACCUCGCAGAAGCUCAAUGAAUGGGCAGUUUACAGAUGCUCUAAAUUUAACAGGUCGAGUAAAGAGUAUGUUCGGCCUGAUCCCGCCCCUCGGAGUCUCAACAGUGAUAUAUCCUACUUCGGAGUUGGAGGAAAACAGGCUAUUUUCUACAUCGGAGACUCGGUCAGGAUGAUCACCAAACCAGUCGACUGUCCAGAUGUUCAUGAGCUGGUUUUGUCAAAAGAAGAUUUUAAGAGAAAAGAACAGAACAAAGAGUAUGUUUACCAGAGCGUCAUCAGAAACAGGAAGCCCGGCGACCCUUCACACGUGAUUAAAAACAGCGAGUGCUUCCUCCGUUCUCUAAUCGCUGAGGAAAAUGGGAAGAAAAGCUUCACAGCUGUGGUCAUCACAGGGAUCAAGCCACAGCAUAUUAACUUUCUGAGGCACAGUUUCAACGUGCUGACCAGACAACUAGCUCACACGUAUCACUAUUACAUACAUGGAGUCAAUGGAAAUGACCCAAGCAGCAGCUCCACAAACUCGGAUUGUUUGAAGAUUGACAUUCAGGUCACCUUGCGGGAAAAGCCUCCCAAAUUACCCCAUGUGGUGAAUCUUCGGAAAAUCGAUGACGACAUGCAGAGUCUGUACAUAAAAGCUGCCGCAGACACGUUUGAGUUUAAGGCCACCACCGGAGUCAACGCCGGCACAGUGGAGGGAAUCAUUCGCUAUCAUCCCUUCCUUUACGACAAGGAGACAUACCCUGAAGACCCGCUAGCACCUCCUGAUGAAGAAGAUAACGAUAGUGAGUCUGGGGUCCAGCAUCAGGCAAGAGGCAAGAGGCCGAUCUUUGAGUGUUUCUGGAAUGGACGCCUCAUACCCUACACCACAGUAGAGGAGUUUGACUGGUGUGCGUGGAACGUGAAAGCAAUAAAGGUGCCCAAAGACUGUUACAGCCGCUUUUCAGGAGUACUCUUCACUAAUGACAAAUUCCAGGUCACCACGAACAAGCUCACUUUCAUGGACCUGGAGCAGAAAGUGAAGAGCAAGGACACUAUCUUCACACGAGUUGUUAAAGGACAGGAACAAAGAAGUAACAUACAGAGGGAGUUCACACAGUGGCUAAUAAACUGUCAUGAGAAUUUGGACAAGCAAGUGAAGUUCCUCGGCUUCGAGAAGAUUGUAACUCUACCAGAUAUGCCCUCGAAGAAAAUGCAGCAUCCCUGGGCGAAGUUCUCCGCCAUCGAAUGGGACGGCAAAAUAUACAGAACAGGCCAACUUGUGAAGUCUCAGAAAACGCAGCCAAUUGUGCAUGGCACCGUGCUCCAGUUUUUGCUGUAUGGAGAACAUGACAGAGACGUCUUUGCCACAGGAGGACAGGUUGAAGUUCGUCUGGAACCCAGAGCACUUUACAACAAGAACAAGACCAUACCCAUUUUCAAGAUCGACAGGAACGCCACUGACGAAGGCAUCAAGAACCACAUUGAAAACGACUUCGGAAGGCUUCCACAUGAGCUGAAAGUGUCCUGGCCGAAAAGUCACGAAUGGCCACAGAAUGGUUCUCAUCCAGCUGGGACUCCGUUAGGGCCACUCACAGUCGAGAUCAUGAACAAAAAGAAAGAGGCAAUGUCGAGGAUGCCAGCAGUGAUCCAGGGGACGGUGAUCAAACUGAGCGUCAAGCUAACAGUGGUCAGGAACGGUCCUGGAAAGGCUGAAGAGGUUGUCAGUUUGGUUGGCCAGCACUCGGGAAAGUGGGGUUUUGGGUUCAAAAAAAUUGAGACGUUCACUGACCCAGGGAGUUACACACUGGCCCUCAACACCCUUAUAAAUGACACCGGUGCCACAGACUUUGGAGGCAGAGACCUUCCAAGCUCCAAAAUCAGUUUCACCAUCACGGUGGGUAGAGCUGAGGCGUUUGAUUUUGGUGAGGUGCGCUCCCCUCUUCAUGUCGGAGUGCCAUUUGACAUUCCCCUGCAGAUAAAAGAUCUUUAUGGAAACUCAACAAAGCCUCUUCCCAGUCUCCUGCCUGAACUCGAAUGCAGUGACCUGGAGGUGAGUUAUGAGACAGUGGACUGCAGUGGGAGCAAGUUCAUCAUCAAAGGUGUCAAAGCAAGAGGAAAAGUCCUGAAUUACCAACAAGGCAAGAAACACAAACUGAGAGUGACCCUGCCCAGCCUGAACAAACAAACACAGACCAUCGAGAUCAGUCUUCUCCCCGGUACUCCCCAUUCUCUCCAUGUGAAGACAGAUGACAAACCAUUCGAGAUACAGAAUGGAACCGCUGCCAGGUUUCACGUUGAAGUUCACGACGAGGCUGGAAAUGUCACUGCUCACCCCAAGCAGACAGUUUACUGCCAGGUCCAGGUCAAGGGGCUCUCGCCGACGACGGUCGACUGCAGCAGAACAGGAGCAGGGCAGCUGGUGACAAAGCCCAUAAACCUGAAAAUCAUUGAGGGAAAACCUCAAAAGCUGAAAGUUAAAUUUGAAUUGCCUAGUUGUAGGAAUGUCGAGUCAGUCGUGAGGGAGCUGAGUGUGAUACCCAGCACCAGAGUCUCCCAGAUCAUGGUCUACAGUCGGAAUGAUGAGAGUCUCGUGCUGAGGAACAGUGAGAAGAUCGAGUGGCUGGCUGGAGGCUCACUGGAGAACCUGUUCUAUAAGCUGCAUGAUGAGGCCGGCAAAGAUGUGCCCAUCACUGCUGAAAUAGCUUCUAUGAUGAAGGUUAACUGGACGAGCCAAGUUAAUAUCAAAGACUUGGUGCAGGGGAUGCUGCCUGUCGUUCAGGUGCCCACACAGGUGCAGGAGGAGCGUUUCUACCAGGUCUCUUACCAAGACCAGAGCGUGUCUGUCUCCUUCACUAUCAUACCUCGUCCAGAUGAACCAGCAAAAUUAAAGACGACUCUGCUCCACAACACAAUGAAACUGGGUGAAACUCUGUCUGAAACCAUCAACCUGGAGCUUGUGGACAAGUACGACAAUGCAACCAAGACGCUAACGGCCACCUGUGUGAACAACUUGACUGUGAAAGCCGAGGGUCUGGACAAAGAAGCUGUCGCCUUUACAUGGCAGAAAAGCAAGAAAAUGUUCUCAGUGACUGUGGUGUCUGAUGAAGGAAGCCCAAUGACGACUCUUAACCCAGCUAAUGUGACCAUGUUGCUGUGGGAGGGAGAAGCCUCAAACCAAAGACCUACAAAGACACCCACUGAGCUGAAGUGUAGUAAACCCAUGGAGAAUGAAAGGAAAGACUGUUUUCACUUCAGAGACAAACCAAUCCCAGAAUCUGCUGGACAGCACACCAUCCAGUUCUCUCUGCUCAUCGACAAAACAAACUUCCUGCUCAGCGAUCAGAUCUCUAUAAACGUGGUGGCCAAUCAGCCCGUCAAACUGGCGCCCGAAUCCCAGCCUCCAGCUCCAGCUGUUUCCUGCUGCACGGACAUUACAAACCGAACACUGCUGCAGAAUAUGACUCUGAGGAUAAUGGACUCCUACGGAAACCCAGCAGGGAAGGACCUGGGCGGCCAAGUGAUCGUUUCUAUAAUCAACUGUAGUGGUGAUGGACAAAAACCCACUCCUCUGUUUGAAGGCAGACUCAAAAGAUAUGCAAUUAACCUGGUGGAGGGACAGGUCCACAUCACUAGGUUGGCUAUCAUGGAGAACAGCCCAGGAGAGAACGGCAGGGCAUACACCCUCCGCUUUCAACCGGACGUGCCAAAGGUUCCCACGGCCCUCGCUCCAUUUGAGCUCACCUUCCAUUUUUACGACGAAGCAGUGAACCAACAGAGAGUGUGUGACCUGCUGAAGAAGAAGGAUUCUCUCAAGUCUGCUAUUUCAGCCCAUAAUAAACUUUUCGAUGGUUACUCUGAACUCCUUAGUCUGCUCACAGAACAACACCAGACUGCGAAAAACAAAGUGGCCAGCCUGAGAUUCAUUCUGAACAAGAAGAACAUAACAGUAACAGAAUCUAUUCCUGCUAUUGACAGACUCCUGAGAGAGAAGAGAACGGAAGCAGAGGGACUUCGCUCUGCGGCCAGAAGAGUCUGCUCCAUUAGUGAUGACUUCAGGGGCCAGCAGGAUGUUUUGGGAAUGGUUGGUCACUUGGCAUACGUGGAGGACGACGCGGCAGCCAGAGUCAUCUCCUGGCAGAUCAGGGGUGACAUGGACUGCGUCAUCACCAGGACGACAGCGGCAGCUCGGAGGAUCUAUGACGACACUCAGGGCAGGCAGCAGGUCAUGCCCCUCGACAGCGCGAACCUGCCACAAAUGAACAGACCACUGCCACACAUAAAAAACGGCCACGAGCUCUUUGAGGCCCCUGGGAACCCGGUGUUUGCCAGAGACCUCCUGAUUUACCCAAAGGACAAGGAGAGCUGUGCCACCGUGUUUGCAAUCUUCCUCGGUGAGACGAUUCUGAUCGACGACCUGGAUUCUGCAAACCAAUACAGGCUGAAGGUGGUGCAGAACAGGAUCCGGUGUCCAACCAUUCUGACCAAGCAGGGGGACAGGAUCAGUGCUGUGGGCAAGUUCGGAGGCACACAGAACAAAGCUCCACCAAUAACCUCAUUAAAAGUGUUCGGAGCGCCCCUCCCACAGCAUUUCUACACUCUACAAGAACAAAUAGACAUGCUCCAUCAGUACCGGGCAGCUGUGGAGAAGCAAAAGAAGGCAGAAAAGGAUCAUGACGACCACUCGAACAUGAUGAAGUCUCCUCCCGUGAUGCAAAAGCAACAAGAUAAGGAGAGGAAAGAGAAGCAGCUGGAGGAGAUUGAAAGACAACUUAACUCUACAACCAUGCGACCACUGAAGCGGGUUCUGGAGGACGCUGCCGGGCCUCUUGACAUCAUCACAAAAAGAGCAAAAUGAAGACUCGGAUGGAUUAAUCCAGCCUGACACAUUUUUUAUAAUAAUUGAAAUAUAUCCUUUGUUAUUAUCAUCUUUUUGAAUUUUGGGGUUGGUGAAGUUGCUGUUUUUAAAUGUACUAACUUGUCUUUUUUUUGUAUGAGAGCAAAACUGGUCAUGGGUAAAUAUUUACUAAAGCACAAUGUGUAACUGGAGA